UCUCUCUCUUUCUCCCUCUCUACCUACAAACUCUACUUCAAUAGCCACUUGUCCCAAAGUCGCACACACUCUCUGGCAACCCAAUUGAUACCCCUAACUAACCUCACACACCUGUAUCCUCCCACGUACAUCUUCAGUCAAACAAGACAACAUCCCAGAAACUUCCAGACACAAUGGCUCCCCACGCAAACGGCGGUGCCCCUCAGUCCAACGGCAGUAUUGACUCCAGAUACCACGCCUCGUCUACCGACGCCGCGAUCAAGUCCGAGAACGAGAAUGCUGCUCACAACUACCACCCGCUUCCCGUUGUCUUUGCCCGCGCCAGUGGCGUUCACGUCUGGGACCCCGAGGGCAAUCAGUAUCUCGACUUCCUCUCCGCCUACAGCGCCGUUAACCAGGGCCAUUGCCACCCCGAGCUGGUCAAGGCAUUGACCGACCAGGCCAGUAGAUUGACACUCAGUUCGAGAGCCUUCUACAAUGACGUCUUCCCCAAGUGGGCAGAGAAGAUCAAGCAGGUCUUCGGCUACGACAUGGUUCUGCCCAUGAACACGGGCGCUGAGGCCGUCGAGACGGCCAUCAAGAUUGCGCGGAAGUGGGCUUACAAGGUCAAGGGUGUUGAGCAGGGCAAGGCUCUCGUCUUCUCGGUGAACGACAACUUCCACGGCCGCACGAUGACGGCCAUUUCCUUGUCCGUCGAUCCUGAGUCGAGGGACAACUACGGUCCCUAUGUCCCCAACAUCGGAGCCCUUAACCCGUCGACCGGUCAGCCCAUUCGCUACAACAACGUUGAGGAUAUUGAGGCGGUUUUCGAGGCGCAUGGCAAGGACACUGCUGCCAUCAUCAUCGAGCCGAUCCAGGGCGAGGCCGGCGUCGUGGUGCCGGAUGACGAUUACCUGAAGAGAGUACACGAGCUUUGCAAGAAGCACAACGUGCUCUUCAUCUGCGACGAGAUCCAGACCGGUAUCGGCCGCACGGGACGGAUGCUGUGCUCCCAGUGGGCCGGCAUCAAGCCCGACAUGGUGACGCUGGGCAAGGCCAUCUCCGGUGGUCUAUACCCCGUGAGCUGUGUCCUGUCCAGUAAGGAGAUCAUGCUUGUGGUUGAGCCUGGCACGCACGGCUCCACCUACGGCGGUAACCCGCUUGGCUGCGCCGUGUCGAUCCGCGCGUUGGAGAUUAUGGAAGAGGAAGACCUUACGGCCAAGGCGGAGAAGUUGGGCAACAUCUUCCGUGAAGGCAUCAGAUCCUUCAACUCGCCCAUUAUCGAACUGGUGCGCGGCAAAGGACUCUUGAACGCUGUUGUCAUCAACGAGUCUGCCGCCGCCGGCAGGACGGCUUGGGAUCUUUGCCUGUUGCUAAAGGAGAAGGGUCUCUUGGCCAAGCCCACACAUGGCAACAUCAUCCGCUUUGCGCCGCCCCUGGUCAUCUCCGAGACCGAGCUCCGCAAGGCGCUCAACAUCAUCGGCGAGGCGCUCAAGGAGUUGCCGACUGUCGAGAAGGCGACGCACCACUGAGCCAUCGGUAAAGUCAGAGGAUGGGUGAUUUACAGAGGACAGGUCUUCUGGUAGACAGACGAAAAACGGCGGUUAUCAUAGACAAGUCGACCUCCUAUCGGACCAACAAGUGUAUGGUGUGCGAGGUGGUAUGUCGGUAUGGAUCUUGACGAAUGGCGACCAGUCUUUGGACAACCCUUUGGGCGUUGGGGAGCAUUGCAUUCUGGACUCUCUUGUUGUUUUCUCUGUCUUUGAAAGCGGGGAAAAGCAGGUCGACUUUCACGGCAUUGGUGGAGAGGGUUCACAUGGCAUGGUCGGGUCACACCCCCGUCCGUUCCUUAGACAGCAUUGGAAUCAUCUUCAGCAUCACACGGUUCGGAGCAUGGGCCAUACGGCGGGGAAAAAGUAGUGGGCGGAGUAAAGUAUUCGCCCCUUCAUGCCACCUUCUAAGACGUACAUACACCUACAUAGCUAUGAUGGACCUUGGUAGAACGGGGUCAGCACAUACCAGGCAAGCGAGAGCACAAAAACGAGAGAAUGGAGCGGUGUUCUUUUGUUUGCGAGCUACACAA